AUGGAUAGCCACCUUCCGGUGGUGGACCUCGCGCCGCUCGUCGACUGCGAAGACUUCACGUCGGAGGCGGUCCAAGACACGUGCAAACAGAUCGCCAGCUGCAUCGUACGGACAGGGUGUCUCCUGGUCCGCGACCCGCGCGUCGGGCAGGGAGACAGCGACGUCUUCCUCGAUACCAUGGAGCGGUACUUCGCGCAGCCCCCCGAAGUCAAGCAGGCCGACGCGCGCCCCGACCUUGCGUACCAGGUCGGCGUCACUCCGGAGGGCGUCGAGAUUCCGCGCGCCGCCGUGGACCCCGCCUGCCUCGCGGGCGCCGCGUCCCUGCCGCAGGAGCACCGCCCGUCGCCGUGCAACGGCCCGGACCCGAAAUGGCGGUUUCUGUGGGGCGUCGGGCCGCGCCCUGACACGACGGCCUACCCGCACCUGAACAGCAAGGAACAGGUCGUGCCCGCGGCCUUCCCCGAGUGGCGCGCGGUCAUGGAUGCGUGGGGGACGAAAAUGCUCGCCGCUGUACACACCGCGGCGCGCGGGCUCGCGGUCGGGCUGGGCCUCGCGCCGACGGCGCUGACGGACUUCAUGGAGCGCGGGCCGCACCUCCUCGCGCCGACGGGCUGCGACCUGUCCCGCCACAACGCCCCAGGAACAGUCUUUGCCGGGUUCCAUUAUGAUAUGAAUCUCCUAACUAUCCACGGCCGGUCCAGAUACCCGGGCCUGCACGCGUGGCUGCGCGACGGCCGGCGCGUCCCCGUCGUCGUGCCCCCCGGCUGCCUCCUCCUCCAGGCGGGCCGCCAGCUCGAGUGGCUCACCGCGGGAGCUGCGGCGGCAGGUUUCCACGAAGUGGUGCUGACCGAGGCCACGCAGGAGGCGAUGCGGCGCGCGGAGGCCGAGGGGCGGCCGCUGUGGCGCGUGUCGUCGACGGUGUUCGCGCACGUCGCGUCGGACAGGGCGCUGGAGCCGCUGAUGUCGGCGGAAGGGGCCGCGGCUGCACGGGCGGCGCACGGCGUGCCGGCGGGGGCGCGGGGCGUCGGCGAGCGCGAGGAGUACCCGCGGACGCUCGCGGGGGAGUACGUCGACAGCGAGCUGGCGGUGAUUGCGCUGAGCAGGCAGCGAGCGAAGGAGAAGGAGAAACCUGAGGCGGGCGAUGCAUGA